AUGCUGGAAGAUCCGCGGGAGAAGGCGUACAAGGCGGUCGCCUACUCCGCGGUCACGUUCAGCUUCGUCGCCAUUCUCAGCGUGUGCGUCUCGAUGCCCGUCGUCUUCAAUUUUGUCGACUCCAUCCACCAGCAGACGAAACGCGACAUGUCCUUCUGCAAGGUUCGUCCAGAAUCUUUCUACUUUGGAAUUUUGAGUCUAAAAUAUAUUUCUUGCAGUAGAGUUAUUUUUUAAUUUUAAACUUCAUGCGAGUGCAACUUCAGUAUGUAAAUUUAAGUUUUGGUGCUAACUGUAAUCUUAAUUUUUGAAGUUUGCUCUUAGAACAUCGAAAUCAAAAUUUAUCGGAGUUAUUUAUUCAAUGUCGACCUUUUGGAGACUGAUGAAAUGUUUUUAAGCUUUUCCUCUCAUUUCCGGUUUUCAACAGUGUGAUCAAUAGUUCGCGAUGAUUUAGAACUUUUCAUUCGAAGAAAAUAACCUCGAACUUUUGUUUUCUUGCUCGAUGUCAGUAUCAUUUUCUGAAAUAAUUUAUUUUCUCACGGCCUGCAAUACUUCUGGCUCCUUCUGUAUAUAUGACUCGCCUAAUCGAAAUUUGAAAAAAAUGAAUUGAAAAAAAAAGCUUUUUUUUCAAGCCGCUUUUUACAGACAAUACGGCUACACACCUUCUUAUUCUUAUAAUAAUAAUUUAUUCACAGAUCAGUGUGAACCCCAACGAGUUCACUUCGAUCUACAAUUUAAAUAAGGAAAAAAAAAAGUUGAAGUAAAAAACAAAAAAUUGAGAUCCGUGUAUUUUCUUCACUGGAAGUGGUAGCUCUCUCAGUCGGCCGAGGCUACCCGAGAGUGUACACGGAGUCCGUGCCCGAGCCCCACCAUCACCGCCGUGCCCGUACCCGCGAAACUGAGGGAUCAACUUGUGGAAGAACGAGGCGAAGGACCGUAA